AUGCCCACCCGAUCUCAACAAGCCUCUUCCCCCUCUUCCAACUCCUCCCCCUCUCCCAGCUUAUUCGGGACUGCACCAUCUGGCCCCUCUCAUCAUGCUCAUUCCGUCACCACCGCCAACACAACUCUCCACACUGCUCGCCUCUCGCAUAGCGCAAUCCCAGCUCCCCCACCAACAGAUAGCCUCCUUCCUGGUUCUGCUCCUUCCUCUUCCUCCGUUACCAACAUCUCCGCCCCCACGACCUCCGAACAGCUUUGCCACCUUCUUGUCGAACGCCCUCAGAUCGCCGACCGCCUACUCGUUGCUCUUGACGCAAAUUCUGUGGAACAACCUGCGUUGUGCACAUACUUUAUUAUGAUGCACCAAAUCGCCCUCAACAUCCAAACCACUGACCCCUACGACCCUUCCUUACCCCAGAACAACCACCCACACCCAACCACUCCAAUCUUGGGCAUCUACAAGGCGUCUCCCCAGUCGAAUUCCCUGAAGGCUCAGGAAUCUUCAUGUACCCUCAGCCGCCUCUACGAUCUGUACAGCGACGAACCGAAUACCCCUCCUCUCUUAUCUGACAACAGCAAGAAAGAACCCGACAAGAACGAGAACAAGGAUCGCAACAACAACAAAUGCAUCCCGCGCCUCCGCCAUACCAGCGAAGGCCAAUGCCGUAUCCAUCAUCAUCACCUGUGGCGUUGGCUUCCACUGGAAGAGUCCAUGAGGUCAGUCACUCCAGAUGUCUUCGCUGCGAUCAUUGUGGACAACCUGGUCACGUCCUCGUCAAUUGCUACCAUUACACCUGUCCUCACUGUCAAUUCUCCGCUCCUCACCACUCCCCCGCAAGUUGUCCACAUGCCCCCAUCCCGUUCUUGUCUGUUGAUUGAAGAACUUAUUAGUUGGACUCGUGAUAUGAGAUUGUGA